UAACAUAUAUCACAUGAUCUUCAACUAGAAACACAACCCAAGUCCCUAUUACCUCUCCCUCUCUCCAAAAUUAUGGCAAAGGUUGAAGAAAAGGGCCCUGCAGAUGGGAGUGAAGAUUUUACAGAAGAUGGGACUGUGGAUCUCAAGGGAAGACCAGUUCUCAGAUCAAAGACUGGGAGAUGGAGAGCUUGUUCCUUCAUUGUAGGGUAUGAAGCGUUCGAGAGGAUGGCAUAUUAUGGGAUAGCAUCAAACUUAGUGCUAUAUCUGACAGGGAAGCUCCGUGAAGGCACUGUUAAAUCUUCUAACAAUGUCACUAAUUGGGUUGGAACUGUUUGGAUGACUCCCAUUUUAGGUGCUUACAUCGCAGAUGCUUUUCUAGGCCGCUACUGGACUUUCGUCAUUGCAUCUGCCAUUUAUUUGACGGGAAUGUCCCUGUUAACUUUAGCAGUUUCAGUGCCAGGCCUGAGGCCUCCAUCGUGUCCAGGGAUCAAAGAUGAGGACUGCAACAAGAAAGCCUCAACUCUGCAAGUGGGUAUAUUUUACUGUGCGUUGUACAUCAUUGCAGCUGGAACAGGUGGAACCAAACCUAAUAUUUCAACAAUGGGUGCCGAUCAGUUCGAUGAUUUUGAGCCUAAAGAGAGGAAGCAAAAGCUCUCUUUCUUUAAUUGGUGGAUGUUUAGUAUUUUCUUUGGAACCCUUUUCUCAAACACUUUCUUGAUUUAUAUACAAGACAAUGUGGGCUGGACUCUUGGUUAUGGGCUCCCAACUAUUGGGCUCUUGGUUUCUGUUUUGGUAUUUCUGGUGGGCUCCAAGUUUUAUAGGCACAAACUGCCUUCAGGGAGCCCUCUUACAACGAUUGCACAGGUACUUGUGGCUGCAGGGAGGAAAUGGAAGGAACCCAUUCCAAAUGACCCAAAACAGCUCCAUGAGUUGAGCUUGGAGAAGUACUCAGUAUCUGGGAAAUUCAGAAUUGAUCAUACCCCUUCAUUGAGAUUCCUUGACAAAGCGGCUAUAAAGUGUGCAUCAGGGUCACCAUGGAUGCUAUGUCCAGUGACUCAAGUAGAAAAGACGAAGCAAAUGGUGAAGAUGCUCCCAAUUCUGAUAGUCACAUUCAUACCAAGCACCAUUAUAGCUCAAGUGAGCACCCUCUUCAUCAAACAAGGGACCACCCUGGAUAGAAGCAUGGGUCCUCACUUUGAAAUCCCUCCGGCAUGUCUUACAGCUUUCGUCACAAUCUUCAUGCUAAUCACCAUUGUCAUCUACGAUCGCUACAUGGUUCCAAUGCUCAGGCGUUACACAAAGAACCCAAGAGGGAUCACAUUGCUUCAAAGAAUGGGAACUGGUCUUUUCAUGCAUGUUGUUAUCAUGCUUAUUGCUUGCUUUGCUGAGAGGAGGAGACUUGAUGUUGCAAGAACACAUGGCACUCUUGGUAAAGAUGACACUGUGCCAUUGACUAUUUUUAUACUUCUCCCUCAGUUUGCUUUGAUGGGAAUUGCUGAUAACUUCGUUGAAGUUGCUAAGAUUGAGUUUUUCUACGACCAAGCUCCAGAAGAUAUGAAAAGUUUGGGGACUUCCUAUUUUACAAGUAGCUUGGGAAUUGGGCAUUUCCUGAGUAGUUUUCUACUACAAACAGUUUCUGAUAUGACCAAGAAGAAUGGACACAAAGGGUGGAUUUUGGAUAAUCUAAAUACUUCUCACUUCGACUAUUAUUAUGCAUUCUUGGCUGGGUUGAGCUUCAUCAAUUUCCUCUUCUAUUUGUUUGUAGCAAAGUUCUUUGUUUAUAAUGUGGAUGUCAACUCCAGAAGGGAUUUGCAGGAAGCCAUGGAAACUUCACAGGAUAAAGGUUUACCUGAAGCCAUGGAAACUCAACAGAUAAAACUCCCUGUAUCUUAAAAACUUUGAUAGAACAGUGUACUGUACUCCAAUUAUAUCUGUUACAGUAUACAUAUACGUAUUGGCACCAAAUCAACUUACCAUUGCUAGCUCUUAUCACU